GCCGACUGCCACUCUAUGGUACUGUUUCCGGGUCAGGGUGACCUCUGGGGUGAGGGAACCGCGACCCGGAGCGGGCCCCGGGCGUGCAGCCCUCACCAUGCGGGCUCACGCGUGGGAGACCGUGCUGCGGGGCUCCAACCGGAAUUCCCGAGUCCCCAGGUUCACCCCCCACAGGGAAAUUUGCCCGUUCUUCCUGCCCUUCCUCUACAGGCCUUGCUCCUUCCCAAGCAGAUUUUUCUAAAAUCCAAAUCCCAGUCCACUCGGCACCCACUUGGAGCAAUUGAGAGCGUUUUCACCAAACGCCGUACAUAUGGCGUCGGAUUGUGCAACCUGAAAACGCUCCUGUUUUUCGCAUCUGUACAGUGGGUUUUGAUUCCCACCAUGGCUAUCACACAGUUUCGGUUAUUUAAAGUUUGUACCUGCCUAGCAACAGUAUUCUCAUUCCUAAAGAGAUUAAUAUGCAGAUCUGGCAGAGGACGGAAAUUAAGUGGAGACCAAAUAACUUUGCCAACUACAGUUGAUUAUUCAUCAGUUCCUAAGCAGACAGAUGUUGAAGAGUGGACUUCCUGGGAUGAAGAUGCACCCACAAGUGUAAAGAUUGAAGGAGGGAAUGGGAAUGUGGCAACACAGCAAAAUGCUUUAGAACAACUGGAACCUGACUAUUUUAAGGACAUGACACCAACUAUAAGGAAAACCCAGAAAAUCAUUAUUAAGAAGAGAGAACCAUUAAAUUUUGGCAUCCCAGAUGGUAGCACAGGUUUCUCUAGUAGACUAGCAGCUACACAAGAUAUGCCUUUUAUUCAUCAAUCUCCUGAAUUAGGUGACUUGGAUACCUGGCAGGAAAAUACCAAUGCAUGGGAAGAAGAAGAAGAUGCGGCCUGGCAAGCCGAAGAAGUUCUGAGGCAGCAGAAGAUAGCAGACAGAGAAAAGAGAGCAGCAGAACAACAAAGGAAGAAAAUGGAAAAGGAAGCACAGCGGCUAAUGAAGAAGGAACAAAACAAAAUUGGUGUGAAACUUUCAUAACAAAAUGUCCUUCAGGUGCAUAGUGCCAUUGGGAGAAAUAUGAGCUCCACAACCCAAGCAACAUUUGUAUGGAGCUAAGAGUAUUUUCAGAGUACAAAUACACUGCUUGAUUUUGAUGCAUUCAUCAGGCCAUACAGGACACCAGGAUUCUGUCAAAGUCCCUUGAACUCUUGGUGAUUGAGACUCAAAGAACAAAAAAGACUUGUGAGGCAAUAUUUUCUUCAACAUGUUCCAACUGUAAGACAAUUGUUUGCUGUAGAGAAAUUAUUACAAAUGGAAUAUAUCAGUACCUCUUCAAGCUAGUGUUUCUAGCUAAUUAAAUGGGUGUAAAUUUUAUGGUGGGAAAGAACUCUGCUGUCUGUAAUGCUUUCCUUCAGUGUGCAUAAUGGUAAAAUAAAUAAUUUUAAAUAUUC